AUGAAGUUCGUUCCAUUGUUGGCAUUCGGUGCCACUGCCUUGGCAGCCUCGAUUCCUCCCCAGCAUGAGGGCAAGUUCUUGAUUGAAUUAGCUCCCGGUCAAACGAAAUGGGUCACGGAGGACGAGAAGUAUGCCUUGAAAGUUGAGGGCAAAGAUUUCUUCGACAUCACCCAUGAGGUCGAAAAUAACAUUACACCAAGCAGCUUCAGCGUCCAGGCCGCUCCCAACUACCCAAAAGUGAUGCAACAAGAGGACAAGGUUAAGGCGAUGGUCGCCAAUCUUUCCGCACAGAGAAUUCAACGGGAUCUCACCAUGUUCUCUUCGUAUCACAACCGAUACUACACAUCUCGAACUGGUGUGCAAUCGGCAACCUGGAUGAUGGAGCAAGUUCAAGCGAUUCUCCAAUCAUCUGGUGCCGCCCGAAACGGCGCCAAGGUCGAGAAAUUCAUGCACCGAUUCGCACAAUUCAGUAUUAUUGCCACCAUCCCCGGCAAGUCUGCCAAUACUGUUGUCGUGGGUGCCCACCAAGAUAGCAUCAACUUGAGGGAUCGAAACGGACCCGCUCCCGGUGCCGAUGACAACGGCAGUGGCUCUGUGACCAUCUUGGAGGCCCUCCGUGGUGUGUUGCAGAACCAAGAGGUUGUGCAAGGAAAUGCUCCCAACACCAUGGAGUUCCACUGGUAUGCUGGUGAAGAAUUGGGUCUGCUCGGCUCUGCGGACAUUUUCGCCCGCUACUCCCAGCAACGCCGCCAGAUCAAGGCCAUGUUGAACCAGGAUAUGACUGGCUAUGUCAGACCAGGUGCUCGUGAGGAGAUGGGUGUCAUCACCGACAACGUCAACUCCCAAUUGACCAACUUCGCCCGCUCCCUCGUUGGCAAAUAUACCCGCCUCCCAACUGUUAACACCCGCUGCGGCUAUGCUUGCUCCGACCACGCCUCUGCCCACCGAUAUGGCUUCCCCGCUGCCAUGAUUGCUGAGGGUGCUAUCUCCAACUUGCGCCCAGGAAUCCACACCCCCAGCGACGUCCUCCGUGGCCUUAACUUCAACCACAUGCUCGAACACGCCAAGCUCGUCGUCGGCUUCAUGACCGAACUUGCUUUCCAGGAGAACUUGUAA